AAUAAACUCCUUUCGAAAUCUCUCCGCACUGUGGUGCAUGCACCGUCAAGUGGAGCGCCUGCGUCGCAAUCCUGCGUUUUCCGUCAGUGUAGACGACUCUCGCGGCCCGCAAUGCCAUCAAACGCUAUUCUUUUAGAAGUCGCUCUGUCUUCUAUGUAAGCAGCGCUUAGAUUGGUCCAUCACGUCCAGACCGUCUAUGCUACGCCGAUUAUUCCGUCAGGAGGCGGGACAAAUUGCGGCGCAGCUUGUUCCCGAGCGAGGUCGCAGCAACAUCUUGCGAUUAGUUUUAGUACUAAUACAUGGUUGAUGCGGGCUGGAGCUGGUUUCUCACACGUUUCGGCGGUGCCUGCGCGGCAGUAGUACUCUGACCGGGGGCAGAAGUCUUUAUAUAGAAAUGUUGCCUCGAUAUACCAUUGUUGGUGCGGCGCGCGCAAAUCGGCUGAGGAAAAAGUUAUUCGCAUAUUGAAGCGCACAGUCCUUUCGCGUAUCUGCAAUCGGUUUGACUUGCAUCUGUCUUCUGUUGUGCGCGUCACGAACAACCUAGACGAGAGCGUCGCAGUUCGUAGCAGUCUGUCCGAGCUGCAUCAGGUCCUGCACAUCCCUGCAAAGUCUCAGGCCUGGGUUUCUCUCCCGUGGCUUUUUCCGCGCGACUUUUACCAACGAUAUGAAUACCGAUCCGAAGACGCGACAGUGGAAGCACUCCUGGCUUAAAAGAGGCACAGUUAUCAAGUUGAGUUGUGCUAUCUCUACUACUUUCUUAUCGUGUUAUUUUGUCAUAUAGAUCUAGCAGAGUUUAUUAUGAAUUUGUUCAACUACUGAAACUUAUUAAAGAUUUUCUAAUCGUGGUAAACUGUCUUCUAGUCGAGUUGUUGUUUUUCAAUUAUCCAGAUUUUUUUAUGAUUGAAGCCGAAUAAUAUUUCUGGGGAAUGAAGUAGUUCUUGUUCUUUUUCUUUGAUUUUGCAUCCAUUCAGCAAGACCCUGAAGAAUUCAGUAAAAAUGAUUUCUUCGCUACAGAACGCGAUGAGAACAAGGGGACCAGAACUUGCGCGUCAAAUAGGUUCGACAUCGCGUACAAUUACAGUAUGCAUGAAGAGUUGUUGUAACAAAGAAACUGGACGAGGUUGGAAACAGCCGUAGAAGUACAUGGUUCUUCGAUCCGAUCAGGUUUGAGUCUACUUGACGUAUAAUUGGC